AUGUUCUCAGGGCUCCUAAAACCAUCUAGCUCAUCCCCUAAACCACCCCGUCGACGGAGCCGCGCCUCGCAGUCCUUGUCCACGCCCACGAGUAGCUCCGACCAGAGCUCGCCAGAACCCGGUCCUGCGAAAGAACCCCCCGCCGAGCGAUACAUCCGCGUAGAAUCCCAGCUGCCCCCGCGACCUCCCGAAGACCCGGAUCUGAGGGAACUCAACAACAGCCUGGGUGCCCUCGCGGCCAUAUUCCCAGACGUGCAGGUCGAGGUCUUUCGGGAGAUGCUCUCGAGCUUUGAUGAGGAAUCCAGGUUGGCCGUCGUAACGGAGAUGCUGCUCAAACACAAAAUGAAAUGGGUGAGGGGGCGGUACAGGGUGUCAGGGAAGGACAAGGCACUGGCGAAGCCCGACACAGCUCCGGGUACAGAUACAGCUGCUCAUGCCGAUGCAGAUUCACUUGUUCCCCCAGAAGAGAGGUUCAGGAGUGCAGAGUACAAGAAGGCGGUAAAGACCAUUGCAUACCAUGAGUUCAAAGGGCUGUCCAGGUCUACGAUUAAUGCUGUACUUGCCGAGUUCAACCAUUCUUAUACGCUGGCACGACCAACCCUUGUUUCCCUAUCCUCAAAAUCAUGGCGCUUCACCAUCUCUUCUCUAUUCAUGCGACGGAAAACCAUGAGUUCUUCUGACGCUGAACAACACCCUCUUGUCAUAUGGCAAUCUUUUGGCCAGGGAUGUAUAGUCCCCACUCUCAAGACUACUGGGUCCCCGGAACUGGAUACGGAGCUUUUUGACACUCUCAUAAGACCUCUAACCCAGCGGGCACUGUGUGAGCGGGAAGAGAAAGACCACGCUCUAGCUUUAGAGCUGAACAAUAUCGAAGCAGAAGACAACGAAGCAUUGCAUGACUGCGAAUGCUGCUUUACUUCUACUACAUUCGAAGACCUAACGGCUUGUGAUGGCGGUCAUUUAAUAUGCUUCCAGUGUGUGCGACAUGCAGUCAACGAGGCAGUAUUUGGACAGGGAUGGCAGCGCAACAUCGACCUCAAAGCUGGGACAUUACGUUGUGUAGCGGCCAUGUCAGACGCUUGUCCAGGCUGCGUUCCUCCAGAGCUCGUUCGGCGAGCCUUCGACGAAGAGAAGUCUGGCAAAGAUGUUAUACAGAAACUCGACGAACGUCUUGCCGAAGACAACCUUCUCAAAACCCAACUCCCCUUGAUCCGCUGUCCAUUCUGCAGCUACGCCGAGGUAGACGAGCUCUACCUCCCGGAACCGCAGCGAUCCUGGAGGCUAAAGCGGGUAGUGCCCUCCUCCCUUUAUACAUUUGUAAUUUUGAUUUUAGGCGUUGGCAUGAUACCCUUCCUUUUACCAUCCUUUGUUAUAUUUUCAUUCCUCUUUCUCCUGGUCUCUUCGAGGCAGACCUUCGGCGAUUUCGCCAUGGGUUAUUUCAACGCCGCGGUUAUCCGGCUCCGGAGAAAACGGCUUGGUCUCAAAUUCGUAUGCCAGAGCAAAGAAUGUGGCCGAGCAUCUUGUAUCUCCUGCUCGAAAGCUUGGACGGAUAUACAUAUCUGUCACGAGUCCUCACUCCUGGCGCUGAGGACACAAGUCGAGCUUGCUAUGUCGCUAGCUAUCAAACGCACUUGUCCUCGCUGCAAUACGUCAUUCGUCAAGUCGUCCGGCUGUAACAAACUCACCUGCGUUUGCGGGUACCAGAUGUGCUACGUCUGCCGCAAGGAUAUUGGCAACGGCGAGGGCUACCGCCACUUCUGCGAACACUUCCGGCCGAAUGGCGGGAGAGGCUGCACCGAGUGCUCCAAGUGCGAUCUGUACCGGUGCGAGGACGAUGAGGUGGUCGUCAAAAAGGCCAAAGAGGAUGCUGAGAGGCUGUGGAUGGACAAAGAGGGGCAAAACUUGGGAAGUGACGAUAAAGUUAGGAAGGUGUUGGAGGAGAAGUGGAUCAGCGGGAAGGAGGGGGCCUGGUGGGAAAUGGAAUGGCACAUGAGGAUGCCGAAGUGGGAGAGCGUUUUUGAUGGAUUCGUGGAGCGUUUAGUUGAAUGA